AACAGAUAAUCACGUACCAAUUAAACAAUAAAUCUUCACUCAGCAGCAGGACACUGUGCCGGCUCCCUAUCCCCACGCUAUUAGUGGCAGCCUGUGCGCCCUGAGACCGCUUGACCCCCCCCCCCAGCUGAGAGAUUAGUUUGUUCCGUAUCCCUGAGGCUGGACACUUGGCUUCCUGACUCACAGCGGAUCCGAGCGGACAUGUACCACUGAUCUAGCGCAGGGGGGGAGCCAGUGAGAGAGGCCGGGGCAGAGCCGGGCAGGUGCCUCCAGCAGCAGAUACCCUUGUACUGCCCCUGCCAGGGGUUAUAUCUGCUUGUCACCAGGAAUAUCCAAGGAUGGCCUGCUGCCUGAAGGACGAGCUGCUCUGCUCCAUCUGCCUGAGCAUUUACCAGGACCCGGUGAGUUUCGGCUGCGAGCACUACUUCUGCCGUAAGUGCAUCACCGAGCACUGGAGCCGCCAGAAACACGGGGGGACCUUGGACUGUCCGGAAUGCCGCCGAAUCUUCCUGGAACCCACCCUGUCCCCCAGCCUCAAGCUUUCCAACAUCGUGGAGCGCUACACGGCCUUCCCCCUCGACGCCAUCCUCAGCGCCCAGCGCAGCUCCUUCCCCUGCAAGGACCACGACAAAGUCAAGCUCUUCUGCCUCACCGACCGGGCCGUCGUCUGCUUCUUCUGCGAUGAGCCCUCCCUGCACGAGCAGCACCAGGUCACCAACGUGGACGAGGCCUUCGAGGAGCUGCAGAGGGAGCUGAAGGAGCAGUUACAGGCCCUGCAGGAGAGCGAGCGCGGGCACACAGAGGCACUGCAGCUGCUGAAACGCCAGAUGGCAGAGACCAAGUCGUCGGCUAAGAGCUUGCGCUCCACCAUCAGCGAGGCCUUUGAGCACCUGCACCGGCUGCUGCGGGAGCGCCAGAAAUGCAUGCUGGAGGAGCUGGAGUCGGACACUGCGCGGGCGCUCACGGACAUGGAGCAGAAGGUGCAGCAGUACAGCCAGCAGCUGCGCAAGGUGCAGGAGGGGGUGCAGAUUGUGCAGGAACGGCUGGCCGAGUGCGACAAACAUGCCUUCCUGGGGGGCAUCUCCUCACUCUCAGAGAGGCUGAAAGGGAAGGUCCAUGAAACCAACCUGACGUACGAAGACUUCCCCACCUCCAAGUACAUGGGGCCCCUGCAGUUCACCAUCUGGAAAUCUCUCUUCCAGGACAUCCAUCCAGUACCGGCGGCGCUGACCCUGGACCCAGUGACGGCCCACCAGCGGCUCAUCCUUUCCGACGACUGCACCAUCGUGGCCUACGGCAACCUGCACCCCCAGCCGCUCCAGGACUCGCCCAAGCGCUUCGACGUGGAGGUGUCGGUGCUGGGCAAGCAGGGGUUUGACGGGGGGGUGCACUACUGGGAGGUGGUGGUGUCGGACAAGACCCAGUGGAUGAUCGGAUUGGCCCACGAGGCGGUCAGCAGGAAGGGGAGCAUCCAGAUCCAGCCGGGCCGGGGGUUCUACUGCAUCGUCAUGCACGACGGCAACCGCUACAGCGCCUGUACGGAGCCCUGGACGCGGCUCAACGUGCGCAGCAAGCUGGACAAAGUGGGGGUGUACCUGGACUACGACAAGGGGCUCAUUAUCUUCUACAACGCGGAGGACAUGUCCUGGCUCUACACCUUCCGCGAGAAGUUCCCCGGGCGCCUCUGCUCCUACUUCAGCCCCGGGCAGAGCCACGCCAACGGCAAGAACGUGCAGCCCCUGCGCAUCAACACCGUGCGGAUCUAACGGGGGGCGGGGCCUGUGCAUGACGGAUAGAGAUGGUACUUGCUGGGAGUUGUGGGAGGGGCCGCCUCAGAGACCCCACAAGGGCUUUUGCUGCUAAAGGAGGAACCUCCAGUGCCGGGGGGGGGGGGGGGGGCAGCUGUCAGUAAACGUGUGUAAUGGCCGCCGUGUUUCCAUGGUUUCUUCUUGCCUCCAUCUUGUCUGCCUUUGCCUAUAGCCACCGCCCACCAAAGGGGGCACAAAUAAGCCCCCACCUUCCCCAAUCAGCAUGGGCAGGAAUGUACAGGAUGCAGUGGCUGGGCUAAUGCCCUGUGUGGGGCAGUAAGUAAAGUGGGCGGAGCUCAGCGCACAAUA